UACAGUCAAACCUACUCUACCACCAUAUCUCAAGUUCUCAACUGUUCACUCAUCUCUCUCUCUCAUCUUCAAUAAUUCGGUGAACUCAGAGCUCUGAAAAAGGUAAGGUCCUCAAGAUAAUGGCAGAGGAUGAGCCCAAGAAGGUGGAACCCGAGUCCGCUCAACCUCAGGGUCCCCCACCCGAAUCCGAACCCGCACCCGCUGAAGAGGAGAAGUCAGUCGUACCUCCUCCACCUCUUCCUCUUCCUGAAGAAAAAGCAGAGGAUACCAAAGCUCUUGCUGUUGCGGAAAAGCCUAUUGAGACAGCAGUGGAGAAAAGUAAUGAAGGUUCUGUUAAUCGAGAUGUUGUGCUUGCCAGAGUUGAGACAGAGAAGAAGACAUCUUUGAUUAGAGCAUGGGAAGAAAAUGAGAAAACAAAGGCAGAAAACAAAGCUCAGAAGAAGCUCUCUGCAAUUGGAUCAUGGGAGAACAGCAGGAAAGCUUCCAUUGAGGCUGACCUAAAAAAGCUUGAGGAAAAACUGGAAAAAAAGAAAGCAGAAUAUGCAGAGACAAUGAAGAACAAGAUUGCUUCGAUCCACAAGCUCGCUGAAGAAAAGAGGGCGAUUGUGGAAGCCAAGAGAGGGGAAGAUAUCUGCAAGGCCGAGGAGAUGGCUGCUAAGUACCGCGCAACAGGAUUUGUUCCGAAGAAGCUCCUCAUCUGCUUUGGAGGCUGAACUAUCCAUCCUGGGGGAAUGAAAAUCUUCCAAAAUCUACGUGUUCCAGCUUGGUUUGUGUCCAUCUCCUUGUCGUAGCCAUUGCUCUUUGAAGUUUUUUCUGUUCAUAUCUAUAGUUCUCGAGGGAAUGUAUGGCUUUCUAAUGGAACAUGUAAAGAAAUCGUGUAUAGCAGUUAUGCAUAGCUCAUCUGAAGAUACUUGUGGUGGUAUCAAGUUUGUAUAGGUCAUGUGACAUGUAAGAGCGUUUGCCAUAGUGUAUGACUUCGAUGAAUGGUUCAAAAUAUCCAUAGCAGCGUGUUCUGAUGUGUGCAA